GGAGUACCACAGCAGAAAUGCACACGCCCCUAGGCCCCGCCGUCUCUACUCAAAUAGAUCAUCCAGAUGACUAAUGCUACCAUUCGCUGCAAUGUCUGUCUUGCAAACCAGAGCACCCCAUACGUGGGUGCACCCAUUUUGCGCCGUUUAUGUACAAAGAAAGACUUGUCGCACUAUAGGUGCCAACCCAGCUCCACUCAUUGCCCCCCUCUCUCUCUCUCUGAGGUGGCCGGCCGGCCGCCCGCUAUGCCGCCACCACCUUCUGGCGGAUGAGUGCGGCUGUGCGAGGGUACCGCUCAUCUGGGCGGCGCUUCCAAGCCACAGGGGGCUCUGUUGAGCAGAUCUCCAGACGGUGGUCGACGCAGACAAGAAACUCGUCCGCCGCCUUGUCCCCACAUAGAAUGAAGAUCCCCCAAUGGCGCAGGACAUUUGCCUCGUCGACCCACCAGUAGACCGCUUUGCGGCAGCCGUUCCACUGGCGCCCCGAGUCCAGCAUGGCGUCCUGGGUGAGCUGGUACUGGCUGGGAGGUAGGUUGAUGAGCCGACUUGGGUGCGUCAAGUGGGGGCGCAGCGAAAAAUAAAGCAGGGGGUCGGUCAAAACCGUCACUUGCUUGUCGACCAGGAAGACGAUGAUGUCCGUGAAGGCGGAGAAUACGUACUUGCCACCUGCAGACAGAGAGCAGACAGGAAACAAACAACUCACACAUCCACCUCUCUCCGCUAUCCCUCCCAUGGGUGUGUGUUCGCUCUCCCGGCCGCUCUGCUCACGUUUGGUCGGCGGGUCGGGAUCACCCAAAUCGAUGCUGAAGUACGUCAGCGCAUCGCUGUCUGCUGAGCCGCCCAGAUGGUCCUCGCCCUUGACACGGCUCAAACGAGCAGAUUUGUCACUCAGGCGGUGACUGAAUAGCGAGUACUGACGGGCCGCCUGUGGUCGCGAGCUGGACACCGCCCGGCCGCCCACUUGCUGCAGGUCAUAUGCCGUGAUGACGAUGGGCAGAGAGGGGAGGAGGCGGCUGUGCUUGAGGUAGUGGAUGAGAGACACACAUCGGUCCCAGCAGCCGCCCUUCUCGAUGACGUACAGCAGCCGCAACAGAUACCCCACCCUGCCGUCGAUCAGCAGCAGCACAUACAUCAGCUCACCUAAGGUUAGAAGGCACCAUUUGCCCAAGCAGACCGACAAUAAGAUGCAGAGCGGCCAGAACGAAAAGCCCUCGCCCAGCUGCGCCGAAAUCUCCUCACUGGACCAGAUCCAGGCGGUGCAGAUCCCACCGAUGAUAAGCAGCGCCACAUCACACUCGAGGAAUAUCAGGCCGAUCCACUGCACCACACGCAACCCACUCCAGCGACCGACGGACCGCAGAAGGUUACCUAAGUCGUCAGACCCCACCCAACACUGCCUAUACGCUCGAACGAUGAAGGACGCCUCUCCGAGCAAUCCAGCGACCAUUUCAACCACGAGGAACGGCAUCACGAAGGUAAGCAGGAAGACAGGCAGCUUGAUGAUCCCCUCGAUAAGCAGCUUGAUGCCCCCCUGAGCCCACGGUAAUGCAUCCAGCGGCCGCAGCAGAAAGUCAAUCGGUGGCCAGAUCACGGCGGCGGUGCCGCAGAGGAUAAAGGCAUAACCCAUGAUGAGAGCGCUCGAGCCCACGAGACCUUGAACGAGAGUGGAAACAACGUUGACAAUGGCCGCGAUCCACUGCAGCAGAAGCAGCAGGACCGUCUCGCAGCGCUUCUGGUACGUCAGCACUCCGCUGAGGCCCUUGUCGCGGAUGGCAGCGUCGAGUCGGUCCGUCAGGUAGGCCUCGCUGGCCAGCUGGCAGCCGACGCUCUUGGAUGAGGCUCGGAGGGGGCCGCAGUCGUCGGCCGUGAGGGAGGCCAGCAGUUGCCUCUCCACAUCCUCAGGCAAGCCCACCAACCAACACCUACCGGGGUCCGACUGGCAUACACACACACGGCCCGGCCCACGUGACAUACCCAAUGGAUGCUGUGUGGUCAUCACAUAUGGGUGCUCACUCACCGUUGGUGCCCCUGCUCCGCUACGCGCAAUCAGAUCCCAACAGCUCUAGAUUCUGGACAAAUCACAGCCACACAAGAACAACGGACAGUGUGCUGUUUGUGUCGGCGUUCUGUGCCCCGAUGGGCAAUGUGUUGCGCACCAGCAUCUGAUCUGCCGCGAUAGAGGAAGAGCCCCAGGACAGGUAUUAUCGCUCCGUUGAAUGAGCACAUUCGAGAGCAGAUGCGAUCAGCCGCGUGCAGUGGUCCUAUCGACGAAGCUGCUGGCGUCCUUGUCCUUCCUCCUUCCCUCGCCACCAGUGCGAACGUCCGAUCCCAAACGCUCUUCCUCUGCGGUUGCAACCGCCUGUCUUGUUACACGCAGGCCCUAGUCAUCACAUCAUCUUGGCCAGUAAGUAUAUCCAGUCUGUCGCUCAACCCGUCACUUUCUCCUUCCCGUCUCCUCACACUACAAGGCUCAGCUCUCCUCACAAACAAAGAGUACGGAGACAGUGCGAAGAGCACAGUAAUCAGGCAGACAUCGACCAUCAUCCCACAAUCACACGUAUCCCCACAAUCACACGCAGCGUUCUUCCCAUUGUUGAGUGUGCCUGGCUAAGUCAUUCAUGUGGGUGGACUGCUGGCGCCGACACUGUCGACACAUGCAAUGAAAAAAAGAAACAAAUCUGCCUUCAUCCGGCGUUCCAGGCCUACGUAAAAUGGACCGAAUCAAUACAUACGACACACCCAACGCAACCAAGACAAUUAAUUGUGCAAUAGAAAACACAACAUACAUCGCACACACAUAUUGACUGCUACCCACAGCUGACCCCUUGCCCUUCUGUCUGGUGGCCUUUCUGGCCGUGCCGCUGGUGCGGCUCGUCAUCGUCGGCACCGUCAUCAGCCAGUGAGGGUGGGCACAGUCUUGCGAGUCUGGUGAUGAGCUGGUGGAACACAUAUAGGUGGUUGAACUGCAUGUCGUGCCAGUAGUUGACCGCUAUCGUCAAAGACGGCUGGCUCACACGGUGAUACCUGCACACACACGCACAAGGGGAUUGUACAGCCCGUAUAUCGGUUGCUGUGGCUGACCAUAGUGCUGGUAGAUAGAGCACCUCCCCGGCCCUCACACAGCAAUGAAUAGGGUGGGCGUGACGCAGCCGCGGAUAACGCGUGAAGUCGGGCCUGAUCGAUCGAGACACCAGCAUGCCGUCCUGUGGCUGCCCUCUCAUGUCUGUCUGUCUGUCUGUCUGUCAGCUCACCUGUCAGGAUCGACCGGUAUCCACGGCAGACGUGUGUCCUCCAGCUGCACGUAGAACGACGAGGACGGCCCCACCGGCCCCAGCAGCUGCGGCGCGUCACUCGAUCUCGACCCAGCGCUGUCGGUGCGCCUUCGAGAGACGAAGCGGGCCUCACGGUAGUGGCCUUCGUGGCUGCAGGCGGCAGAACAGGCAUGCAAACAGCGGAAGACGGGAAGGUGGUCUUGCUGUGUGUGCUGACAGGAAGGGGAAGUCUGAUGGCGGCAGAAGGGUGAAGGUCUUCUCGCCCUCAAACACAGCUGCAUGAAGGCACACAUCAACCACAUCAACACAGAGACACAGAGAAGACUUCUUCCCGGUGACAGACGUGUAACUAACCGGUUCGCAAAAGCUUAGCUAGCUUACCAUAUAGGUUUUCGUAGUGGUCCUUGUGGAUGGCACUGACAGCUCGCGAAUCGCCAAUCCACAGAUUGAUCGCAUCCUGACCAUACACACACAACAAACGAAUGGCCCGUCCGUGUCAGAAAAGGUCUGCAUGGUUUCACUGAUCACUGCUCGCCCUCACUGGUUCGUUGCCGAAGGCUCCCCGUGCGAGCGGCAGACAACUGGGCACCUCAUCGCCUAUCCUUCACACACCAACACCAUCCACACACUUAGCGACAGACAGCGUCAGCAGGCUGUGCGCUGAUCGUAUCUCACCGAGUGUGGGCAGCUCUUGCCGUAGGUUGUCGUUCUGCUGUGAGAGAUAGGGCACUCCCUCAGGCGAGUCGGCAGCGUCGCUCGUCAGGUGGUCCAGAAACGCACUCACAGUCUGCAGAUGGGGGAAAGAGCCACUCAUGGCACAUCGCACGGCCUUCUCUCAUCCGAUCCGCCUAGGUACCAUGGUCUGCUCCUCAGGCUUGACAAAGAGAGGCAGGGGCGGCAUGUCAGCGUCCGCCUGUGGCACCUCAAUCACGGCAUCGCCCUCCCCGGACGGAGUGACAUUCACAGUCACCUGCAACACAGACAGGACGGACGGACGGACAGACAGACAGACAGCAGUCGAUGGUGUUUGUUUUCGCGUGUGUGGGCACCUACCCGUUGGUUGCCGGCUGUCCUCCUGAGAUAGCUCAGGGACCACCGCCGCAUCGCCGGCGUGUCAUCCAGCAGCCCUGCCUCACACACACAAGCACAAAUAAGAUGCAAUGAGUGGACAGAUCAAACACGCCAUCCUUCUCCUUCUCACCUUGCAGGAUGCACGGGCGGUUGUUCAUGACAUAAUCGCGCAGAAACUCCUGGGCGGUUGGGCGGACGACGUGCGGCACCCGAGGCCAGCUCAGGGCGUAGGCAGCGGUGUCAGCUUCAAGCUGCCGCCAGACGUCAUCCAUCGAAGACGGCCUUUCCCUCUCAUUCAUUGUUUGCGUGCACCUUGACGCCACUCAGUGGACGUGUUAUAUGCACGUCAGCCAACAG